AUGGAGAUUGAAGUGAAGCUCCGUUUACCAAACAAAGCUUCCCACCAGAAGGUUCUUCAAUUACUAUCUCCAUUUCACAUAACUACACACCACCAGCACAAUACUUUCUUCGAUGGAACGGCCAAAGCAGUGAUUACCAACGGUGUGAGCCGCAUCGAGGAGGAUGAGGAGGAGGUGGACCCGUUUAUUGGGUAUGCUUGUUUGGAAGAUCCAGGGAAGUUGAUGAACGUCGAUUCAAGGGUUUUGGGGAGGGUUAAAGAGGAAUUUGGAGCGAACGGUUUCAAGGGGUUGGGGGGCUUCAGGACUGUGAAAAGUGUGUAUGAGUGGAACGGAGUGAAAUUGGAGGUAGAUGAGGUCAAGUAUGAAUUCGGGGAUUUGUAUGAGGUCGAGUGCGAGAAUGUGGAGCCCAAGAAGGUCAAGGGGAUGAUUGAGACUUUCUUCAAGGAGAAUGGGAUUGAGUAUUCAGAGUCACUCAUGUCAAAGUUUACAAUUUUUCGGGCCGCAAAGUUGCCUUCUUAGACCAAAAUAGUUUGAAGAAUGCAGCAAGGUUCAAGAUGUUAAGACGGAUGUGGAAUAGAUAGAAUAAUUAUUGAGACCAUACGCUUACAGAGGAAAAGACAUCUUGGAUGAUUCUAGCAUGUUUUAUAUAGUUACAGAGCUUUUCAUUGUACAAGAGUGAUGAAUCACAUAGAAUAUGUUAAAAAUGUUAAGAGGGAAAGGGUUCUUAUU